CAGGAAAUCUGCGAGCGUUUUCCAUAAAACCCUUCAAAAGCUCAUCUUCUUCGCUUCUUUCUUUCAGCUUUUUUCUGCUCCGGAGAUGGAUUUUCAAGUGGUAGUCCUCGCUGGCGGCACAUCCAAAAACCUACACCCUAUCGUUUCAAAGGAAGUUCCAAAGGCCCUUCUUCCCGUCGCGAACCGGCCGGUUCUCUCUUACGUCCUCGAGCUCUUGGAAUCCAGCAAUCUCAAAGAUCUCAUCGUAGUUGUGGAAGGAGAAGAUGCAGCUCUCCGCAUUGGUGGUUGGAUCUCUGCAGCCUAUGUUGAUCGCCUGAGUGUUGAGGUAGCUGCGGUCCCCGAAGAUGUUGGAACUGCCGGUGCGCUUCGGGCUGUGGCCCACCUUCUUACUGCAAAAGACAUAUUGGUAGUGAGUGGUGAUCUUGUUUGCGAUGUGCCUCUUGGGGCUGUGGCGGCUGCUCAUAGAAGACAUGAUGCAGUAGUAACUGCAUUGCUUUGUGCUGCUCCUGUUAGUGGGCCUUUGGAGACUGGUUCUUCUGGAGGAAAGGACAAGGCCAAGAAAAUGACGCGGUACAAUAUCAUAGGGUUGGAUCCCACCAGACAGUUUUUACUCUUUGUAGCUACAGGGGCUGAGGUUGAGAAGGAUCUUCGAAUUCAAAGGAGCAUGUUACGGUCUGUAGGCAAGAUGGAAAUCCGAUCUGAUCUCAUGGAUGCUCAUUUAUAUGCGUUUAAGAGGGCUGUUCUGCAAGAGGUUUUGGAUCAGCAUGGUACAUUUCAUAGCAUAAGGCAGGAUGUCGUGCCAUAUCUAGUGAGGUCCCAGCUGAGGUCAGAAGUAUCAUCCAAUGGCGUGCCUCAAACAGAAGAAGGUUGGAACGAGAGAGUUGCUUCACAAGACAGCCAAGCAUGGUUCUCUCAAAACCGAACUAGUUCUGCCCCUGCCUUUCACGAGCUCGCUGCUUCUGUUCCUAAUGGUUCUGCAUCUGGUCAAAGAAGAAUACACAAAUGUUGUGCUUACAUCUCUGGAAGAAGCAAGUAUUGUGCCCGCCUGAAUUCUAUUCAAGCAUUCAGUGACAUAAAUAGAAAUGUGAUAGGAGAGGCAAAUCACCUCUCAGGAUAUUCUUUCUCGGCGCAGAACAACAUCAUCCAUCCAUCAGCAGAGCUCGGAGCAAAAACUACUGUUGGGCCACACUGCAUGCUUGGGGAGGGCUCGCAAUUGGGCGACAAAUGUAGUGUCAAGCGAUCUGCCAUUGGCCGCCAUUGCAGGAUUGGCUCCAAUGUAAAGAUUGUCAAUUCAGUUGUGAUGAACCAUGUCACCAUUGAAGAUGGGUGUUUGGUCCAGGGUUCUGUUGUUUGCAGUAAUGUGCAUCUACAGGACCAUGUGGUUCUGAAGGACUGUCAGGUGGGAGCGGGUUUCGUAGUCACUGCCGGAAGCGACCAUAAGUCAGAGUCCUUAGCAAGAAAGGAGAAGUCCUCAUCUCAGUAAAUUAUUUCUUUGGUUUGUAGGCUUCUUUCUCUAAUGGCAUUAAGCCUUUGAAAAUGUUGAAAAAGAAGAUGAAAAAAAAAUCAUCUUUGGACCGUUCCCUACUCAGCAAUUGCUUGCUUCUGUCAUAGAUUUCGUGGGCUAGAACAUGACAUCUUUUAAUUUAUUGCUUGAAAAGCGACUCUUCAGUUUUGGUAGGUAUGGAAGCGGGUCAGAAAGUUUGAAGAAGCCACAUUCUUUGUAAGUAGGGGAUUGUAUCUGUUACUCUGGAUUACGUUCACAUAUUGUUGAUUGUAAAACCUUGAUUUUCUUUAAUCAUAUUAUUGUAGUUGAGUU